AUGGGGGAAAAAAUUGUCACUGUUGUUGGUGCCACAGGCAUUCAAGGUGGUUCUGUUAUUGAUGUUCUUCUCAGAGAUGAUAAAUAUCAUAUUCGCGCUGUCACACGAAACUGCGAAAGUCAGUCGGCAAAAGAUCUUGCUGCUAAAGGCGUUGAAGUAGUUCAAGCAACCACCAAUGAUAUUUCAUCCCUGGCGGCAGCUUUCCAAGGCUCAUCGAUCAUAUUUGCUGUGACGGAUUUCUUUGGCUUAUUUGCAGAUAAAGGGCCUUUGAAAGCCAUGGAAAUUGAGUCCGCUCAAGCUCUCAAUUUGGCAAAAGCCGCUGCAGCAACGCCAACACUUGAGCACUAUAUAUGGUCAACUCUACCCGAUGCUAAAACCCAGAGCUCAGGAAAAUUCUUGGUCCCUCAUUUCGAGAGCAAGAAUGUCGCCGACCGGUAUAUACAAUCGCAGCCAGAAUUGUUUGCAAAGACGACGUUUGUCAUUAUAGGCUACUACGCUGCAAACUUCUACUGGCAAACACACACCCCAAUCUUCAUUCCAUCGGCUGGUAAACACAUCCAGCUCAAUGGAUACCCAGCCGAUACGCCUCUUCGGCCUAUCGGUGAUGCUAAAAAUAAUGUGGGAAUAUUUAUCAAGGCUAUAAUUGAUCAGCCCGACAAAACACUACCCGGGAAACAUGUGCUUGCCCACACAGAAAAUAUUACAUGUGGGGAAAUGCUGCAAUUAUGGGGGGAAGCUCAAGGAAAAGCAGCUGAGUACAUUGAGCUUCGACCAGAAGAAUUUAACAAGGUAUGGCCAGGUUGGGCCGAGGAGAUAGGAAUCAUGAUGCAAUUCUUUUGGUGGGCCAAGACCACUAGAUCGCAAGAUGCGGGCGUGUUAACACGAGAUGAUUUGGGGAUUUCCGAGGGUCUUAUUGGGACCAAAGAGGCAUUCUCUGCGAUGGAAUUUUAG